AUGUAUACACAAAAGCCCGCCAAACAACCUGGUCGGUAUCUGUCCAACGAAGAACAGCCCGGUGGAUUGAGUGUGGAAUGCCACGCAGGGUACGUAAAGGGCCUACGGAGUCAAUCAAUCAAUAUUGGAUCCAGUCCUCCUCUCAAAGUUCUCAAUAUCGUCGGCUCUUCUCCAAUGGAUCCAAACCAACCUUGGAAUGAUCCAAUAGAAGUCUCCCUCCGCCGCGGUGCGCCGCCCAUCAUCUCCCGCCCCUCCUUCCUCCCUCCCUUCCUGAGUCUUUCCGCCGGGCGCAUCACACCUAGACACCUUUCUGCAGAAUAUUCUCAACGGGGUGGAACGAAUGACGGUUCAACGGCUCGUCUGGGCAUGACGCCGAACCGACCGGACCGGGGGAGGGGGGGGGCAAGGUCCAAGGAGAGGAGGAUGAGCAUUGGCAAGGAGAAUGCCAUGGCCGCCCAUCAAGCCAAAGGACGGCAUCUCAGGACCGAUAUCAGGUCUCGGCGCAUGACUUAUCAGGAAUCAGAAGCUUCCCGGUACCACUUUUUCGCAAAGAGCUGUCAGGGCGAUUCGAUGGGCUCCAACAAAUGGAGGUGGUCCAGUUUUUCGGUACUUUGUGCGUCCGUCGGGGGGUACUGGCUAUGGACACUAUGGAUGGAUGACGGUGGUCUCAAGGUGUUGCAAACUUGCAGUAAUUUCAAGGUUGAGAUCGGCGCUUGGAUCCACGCUACCGCGCUCGGGAAACCGGGGGGCACAAGGCUCGAGUGUUCGAGACGCUGCGACGGUCCAGGUCUGGAAGUUGGAGUCGCGGGCCAGGUACCCGUCUCUUCCAAUGAAUCUCCAGCUUCCCAACUUCCAACCUCGGCGCGCCUCAUGUCGUUGGACUGGCACACUAGACAGGACUUGAUAGGAACUGGGAAUGCAAGUACUCUUGGUCUUCUCCUCCCCCGUCAGGGGUACAGCUUGUUUCCCGGCAGUCAACCCCUUGGCUUUGUUCCAGAUUGGCAAUCCGUCACGCAGAAUGCAUGGCAGGCACCGCACCGCCCGUACUGCCAUGUGCUGCUGUUGGGAGUUCACCUCAACCGCUAUCUGCGGAUUUGCUGCUCCGUCUCCCAUCUCCGAUCCAUACCAACAGUCAUUUGCCAAUUCAUCUCCCAUCCAGUCGUUUCUCCUCUAUCAACAAUGUGCCAGUCAGCCACACCUACAGAAGACCGCACAGCAUUAUUCCAGCAUACCCAUACCCGUAACAGCGAGCCGCCGGGUUUCGCAACCGAGAAGGGGAGAAACCCCAGGCCUCUCCGAGUCAGACCACCAUCCACCAAGUCAACUUUCGGCUCGCUGGCUUUCAAUAGACAAUACCCCCCAGUGCCCCCCAAGAAACCCAGGGGGCCAAGGGAACAGGCGUCCCUGGAUCGACGUUGCUCUCGGCUUAACCAGUCCCAUCCCCCGGAACAAGAGACUUCUCCCGAAUACCUCGCUGAGGCUCGCUCUCGUGAGUCUCAGCUCGUCUCGUCUCGUUUCCUCAUGGAGUGUGUCUUGUACAAAUAUGCGAAACCAACGCCUGCCGGAACCCGUUACAUCCCAGCCUAUACCACCGAAUCCAUCAUGCCGCUUUCUCCUACGUCAUGA